AUGGCUGAAAACUCUCUGAACCCAGUACCUUUCUCCGAACCUCCCUACCUUCGUGGUCUCCCAUCGCCGUAUAUCACCCCUGCCCACCUCCGCUUUCAGAAAGCAUGUCGCAAAUUCUUCUGGGAAAAUCUGAUUCAACAUGCCAUGGAAUGGGAGAAGUCAGGAACCGUUCCUGAGUAUGUUUUUGACAAUUUCUGUAAGGCAAACAUGCUUCUGCCAAAUCUGCCAGCUCCCCUACCGGUGGAUUGGUUGAAGCGGCUCGGGAUCAACGAUAUCUUAGGAGUUAAGGUGGAGGAUUGGGAUUAUAUCUAUACUGGAAUUUACUGCGAUGAGAUGGGACGUUCCGGUCUCAGUGGCCCUGGAGGCUCGUUGAAUGCCGGCUUUGCUUUCGCCAUUGCCCCCCUUUACAAGUUUGGAAGCCAAGCUUUGCAAGAGAAAUUCCUUCCUGAGCUGUUGCCCGGCCACAAGCGUGCCUGUAUCGCUAUCACAGAGCCUGAGGCUGGUAGCGAUGUUGCUAAUAUCGUCACCACCGCAACUAAGAGCGCUGAUGGGAAGCACUAUAUCAUCAAUGGGGCGAAGAAAUGGAUCACCAACGGUAUCUGGUCUGACUAUGCCACCAUGGCCGUGCGAACCGGCGGACCAGGCGCUGCUGGGCUCUCCCUCGUCGUAGUCCCUCUCAAGAACUACCCCGGCGUCUCAAUGCGUCGUCUCAAGGUCGCUGGCCAGGUCACUGGGGGAACCACCUAUAUCGAACUCGAAGACGUCAAGGUCCCCGUUGAGAACCUGGUCGGUCAAGAAGGCGCUGGUAUGCGCUACGUGAUGACGAACUUCAACCAUGAGCGUCUGGUCAUCUCGAUCGGUGUCACUCGCCAGGCCCGAGUAGCCCUCGCUGCUGCGGUCUCCUACACAAUGAAGCGUGAGGCCUUUGGCAAGACCCUCAUGGACCAGCCUGUGGUGCGACAUCGACUUGCCAAGGCAGGAGCUGAGCUUGAGAGCAUGUGGGCGUGGGUUGAGCAGAUCCUUUACCAGCUAGCUCAUCUCAGCAAGGAGGAAGGUGAUCGCCAACUGGGUGGCUUAACCGCUUUAGCGAAGGCCAAGUCUGCCAUGGUCCUUAAUGAGUGUGCCCAAUGUGCUGUCCUGCUCUUUGGUGGAAAUGGAUUCACCCAAACCGGACAGGGAGAACUCGUCGAAGCAAUCCUCCGCGACGUGCCUGGUGCUCGUAUUCCCGGUGGCUCUGAGGAUGUGUUACUUGACCUGUCCGUGCGCCAGCUAGUCAAAAUCUACCAGGCGCAGGAGAAGAAGCUUUCACAGAGCUCCAAGAUGUAA